CUCGCGCUUCAUUCUGAGCAGAGCCUGGUGCCGCGCGGCCAGCUCAGCCCCCUGCGGCGGCUCCCUCCCUGCAGCUCUCCUCCUCCGAGCAGCAGCAUGAAAGCUUUCAGUCCGGUGAGGUCCGUUAGGAAGAACAGCCUGUCGGACCACAGCCUGGGCAUCUCCCGGAGCAAGACCCCGGUGGACGACCCCAUGAGCCUCCUCUACAACAUGAACGACUGCUACUCCAAGCUCAAGGAGCUGGUGCCCAGCAUCCCGCAGAACAAGAAGGUGACCAAGAUGGAAAUCCUGCAGCACGUCAUCGAUUACAUCUUGGACCUGCAGAUCGCCCUGGACUCGCACCCCACGAUCGUCAGCCUGCACCACCAGAGACCCGGGCAGAACCAGGCGUCCAGGACGCCGCUGACCACCCUGAACACCGACAUCAGCAUCCUGUCCUUGCAGGCGUCUGAAUUCCCUUCUGAGCUUAUGUCGAAUGAUAGCAAAGUACUCUGUGGCUGAGUCAAUGGCGUUUGGGGACUUUUUUUUUCUUUUUACUUUCUCUUUUUCUUUUGCACAACAAGAAGUCUACAGGAUCUUUUAAGACAUUUUUUGUUGCUGUUGUUAUUUUCAACCAUUUCACCAGGAAAAAACCAGUUGAAUGGACCUUUUUAAAAAGAAAAACCGGAAGGAAAACUUAAGAAUGAUCAUCUUCCCCAGGUGUUCUCAGACCUGGACUGUCUGUGAUACCGUUAUUUAUGAGAGACUUUCAAUGCCCUUUCUACAGUUGGAAGGUUUUCUUUAUAUACUAUUCCCACCAUGGGGAGCGGAAAAAAAAAACAAAAACAAAAAAAAAAAACGUUAAAAA